AAAAUUUCUCAACAAGUAGCAGCAAGCUACAACCAAAACUUGACACUAUGGCCGAGUGGUUAAGGCGUGUGACUAGAAUCGGUCUCCGAUCAGCAAUCACAUGGGUUCGCCCGCACAGGUUCAAGUCCUGUUGGUGUCGAUUUCUUUUUGCCUUUUUGCCGUUUCGGCCAGAUGAUAUUGUCUUGACUCGGCCUUAUCAAAUUGCAAAAUUACACGUAUAUUUUUGUUGCAGUUGUGCCGCGACAGACUGUUCUCUUCGUCAGCAAUGCGAAAUUUGAGGCGAGUUCGACUACCAAGGUCGUCUUUUUGGUUGUUUCUCAAGUGUUCAGCCUUGUUCAACGCGAAUCUGACCAUUCUUACACGUGAUCGAAAUCUUGGCCCAGGUCUUGGCGAAUUGGUGGUUCGCAGCGCAAAAUUGUUAGGUAAAGCUGGCGCGAGUCUUUGUAACAAAGCCUCAAAUCAAUAAAACCACCAUAAACCAAUUCCGACCUUCGCAGAUAUCUCGAGCACUGUGUAGCUCGAGUCUGCGACUGUAAUUUGUCAACACCACGGUCUCCCUCACUCCCUUUAGGAGCGUGUUCAUUUCUCCACUCCGCGUUUCCAUCUUCGCAGCCGGACCUGCAUUUGAGCCUUGCUCGAAGCCGAUAUUCCGUAGCAGCGGUACAGUCCUCUUUACCUACACCUGCCAGACCCGCGGAUACGCCAAGAGGAAGAUGCCGCCUAAAAAAGCCGUCAAGGAAGAGAAGAUCCUGCUAGGCAGGCCGGGGAAUAACCUGAAGAGCGGUAUCGUUGGUCUGGCCAAUGUCGGCAAAUCUACACUCUUCCAAGCCAUUACAAAAUGCUCGCUGGGUAACCCUGCAAACUUCCCCUACGCCACGAUCGAUCCUGAAGAGGCGCGAGUUAUUGUGCCCGACGCCCGAUAUGACUGGCUGUGCGAACACUAUAAACCCAAAUCCCAGGUUCCGGCAAACCUGACGGUCUACGAUAUUGCCGGGCUGACUAGAGGCUCUUCUACGGGCGCCGGUCUCGGUAACGCUUUCUUGUCACAUAUCAGAGCCGUCGACGCCAUCUUCCAAGUGGUACGGUGUUUCGACGAUGCCGAGAUCAUACACGUGGAAGGCGACGUCAACCCGACACGAGACUUGGACAUCAUCUCCGAAGAGCUGCGAUUAAAGGACAUCGAAUUUGUCGAGAAGGCCAAGGAGAAUUUGUCCAAACAGACGAGAAGAGGUGGCCAAAGUCUGGAAAUGAAGAAAUUGAAGGAGGAAGAGGCCACCGUGGACAAGAUCCUUCAGUUCUUGAAGGAUGGCAAGGAAGUCCGAAAGGGCGAGUGGACUCCGAAAGAGGUCGAGGUCAUCAACCCUCUGUUCCUCCUUACUGCCAAACCCGUGGUUUACCUCAUCAAUCUGUCGGAGCGAGAUUACCUCCGCCAGAAGAACAAGCAUCUACCCAAGGUCAUGGAGUGGAUCAAGACCAACGCGACUGGCGACCCGGUGAUCCCGAUUUCCGUGUCCUUUGAAGAGAGGCUCGCGGCCAUGUCGGACGAGGAGGCGGCCGAAGAGUGCAAGAAGCUCGGCACGAAAUCCGCCCUGCCAAAGGUCGUCAUUACCAUGCGUCAAGCGCUCAACCUCAUCAGCUUUUUCACCACCGGCACCGACGAGGUUAGGCAGUGGACUAUUCGCAAGGGUACCAAGGCUCCCCAGGCCGCCGGGGUGAUCCACACCGAUUUCGAAAAGACUUUUAUUCAAUGUAUCGUGUACAAUUUCGAGACGCUCAAGGAGUACGGCGAUGAAAAUGCCGUCAGAGCUGCCGGAAAGGUCAUGACAAAGGGCAAGGAUUAUGUUGUCGAAGAUGGCGAUAUCCUCCUCAUCAAAGCUGGCGCAGCCAAGGCUUGAGAGACAACAGAUCCUGGGCCUGCUCCUGCUCGCUUCUCCCUUCUCGGUAAUGGACAAGUCAGCCAGUCAGCCAGUCAGCCAGACACGGCAUCUCUCAGCGGCACUCUACCUAUGUCGACGACUUCUACACGGCAUCGAUCCAAUUGCGAUCCUCGUGAACAUAAGCAAAAGUUGUGUUGCCGAAACAAAGCAUGAUGAUGCCCUACGAAGCGGUUCUCCGGCCAAUGUAGCUAUGACUACUACUAGUAGUACCAGUAACACUAGUAAAUCCCGGCGCGGUGCUCACGAGCAGUUCAAACAGUCUGCACAUGAGACAACACGCGGUCGCCUUUUCUUCAAAAAGAAUUGUUGAUGAAAUGAUGGAUUCAUUGAUUCAUGUUGCCCAAUAAUUGAAAUGAAAUGAACUUGACUCAACCGCUCAUGUCUGAUAUUAUCGCUUCGCUUCUGGAGCUCUCUGCCGCAGAUAGACAAAAAUUGAGUCAGGUCAGCAGUCUACCUAGUCCUUAGAUCGGAAUCGAUGGAUUCGGUCGGCGUGUAGGUAAACUGUGCUGUGUAAGUGCCUUGCAGGAAGCGCAUAACCCAGAUGAGCCAACCAGCUCAC